GGAAGAAGGUGUUUUAUCCUGUUCUCUUCAGCCAGUAUAACCCCAGUAUAAUUUAUGGCCGCCAUGAUUCCAUCCCAUCUUUAGAACAGCAGCUGAUUAUUAAAAAAGAGACUGGAUUUUGGAGAGACUUUGGUUUUGGGAUGACUUGCCAGUACAGAUCUGAUUUUAUCAACAUAGGUGGCUUUGACCUGGACAUUAAAGGCUGGGGUGGUGAAGACGUACAUCUGUACCGCAAAUACCUCCACAGCAACCUCAUCGUAGUCCGAACGCCUGUCAGGGGCCUCUUCCAUCUGUGGCACGAAAAGCAGUGUCUGGACGAGCUGACGCCAGAGCAGUACAAGAUGUGCAUGCAGUCCAAGGCCAUGAACGAGGCCUCUCACGGCCAGCUGGGGAUGCUUGUUUUCAAGCAAGAGAUUGAGACACACCUGCACAGGCAGAAACUGAGCAGUAAGAAGACAUGA